UUGGUCGGGCUUUGGACGCGUUGCCGCGGCCGCUGGAGAGCAGGAGCUCGGCCGAUCGGCCGCCGGUUCCCCCGUCCUCCACUGCUUCUCCGUGCCGGGUCGGAGCCAAGCGCCCGGUCGCCCCGUCGCGCUCGGCCCCGAGGGCAUGCGGCAGUCGCAGGGGUCCCCGCUCCGGGGCUUGGAGGUGCGGGAGAGUAUCAGCGGAUGUUCAACUCUUCUCCACAAUGAAUGAGUGUCACUAUGACAAACGCAUGGACUUUUUUUAUAAUAGGAGCAACACUGACACUCCCGAUGAGUGGACAGGAACAAAGCUUGUGAUUGUUUUGUGUGUCGGAACAUUUUUCUGCCUGUUCAUUUUUUUUUCUAAUUCUCUGGUCAUCGCAGCAGUGAUCAAAAACAGAAAGUUCCAUUUCCCCUUCUACUACCUGUUGGCUAAUUUAGCUGCUGCAGAUUUCUUUGCUGGAAUUGCCUAUGUAUUCCUGAUGUUUAACACUGGCCCAGUUUCAAAAACUUUGACUGUCAACCGCUGGUUUCUCCGUCAGGGGCUUUUGGACACGAGCUUGACAGCUUCUCUGACCAACUUACUGGUCAUUGCUGUGGAAAGGCACAUGUCAAUCAUGAGGAUGCGAGUCCACAGCAACCUGACCAAAAAGAGGGUGACACUGCUCAUUCUGCUUGUGUGGGCCAUCGCCAUCUUCAUGGGGGCAGUCCCCACACUGGGCUGGAAUUGCCUCUGCAACAUCUCUGCCUGCUCUUCCUUGGCCCCCAUUUACAGCAGGAGUUACCUCAUUUUCUGGACUGUGUCCAACCUUGUGGCCUUCUUCAUCAUGGUGGUGGUGUACCUGCGGAUCUACAUGUACGUCAAGAGGAAAACCAACGUCUUGUCUCCGCAUACAAGUGGGUCCAUCAGCCGCCGGAGGACGCCCAUGAAGCUCAUGAAGACAGUGAUGACUGUCUUAGGGGCAUUCGUGGUGUGCUGGACCCCAGGUCUGGUGGUUUUGCUCCUGGACGGCCUGAGCUGCACGCAGUGUGGCGUGCAGCAUGUGAAACGCUGGUUCCUGCUGCUGGCGCUGCUCAACUCCGUCAUGAACCCCAUCAUCUACUCCUACAAAGAUGAGGACAUGUACAGCACCAUGAAGAAGAUGAUCUGCUGCUUUUCUCAGGAGAACAACCCAGAGAGGCGUCCCUCCCGCAUCCCCUCCACAGUCCUCAGCAGGAGCGACACAGGCAGCCAGUAUACGGAAGAUAGUAUUAGCCAAAGCACAGUCUGCAACAAAAACAGCUCCUAAGCUGUGGACACCUCUCCUUCAAUCCAGGCCUACCCUGGGGAAAGAGCUGUUAAGAAUGGUUACCUGUCUCUAACAAAGCCCAUGCACAGUGUUAUUUGAGGUAUGAAUUAAUCACUGGUAAAUUUAAAAAAGUUUAA